AGGAUGUAACCCGAUGUCUUGAACUCACCUAUCUACCUUCUACAUUGAUGUAAUGAUCAGAAGAGGAUCUCAAACCUUUACACUGUAAAUCCCUGCCAAUUCCAAUGCCAUUGAGAACGUGGUAUGAGUAGGAUUUCCCGCUGUUUACUCUGUGAAGCACUACUAAAAGACAACGCAACCCUUCAGACUCAUUUAACUGACCACCACCAAGUGCUAUCGGUAGAGGGGCUGUACCUGCUGACCCAUGCGGAGACCACGCCCCCGCCGCCCGAGAUAGCGCCCGCAACUAUCCUGAGAUGUCCUCUCUGCGAGGCCCUCCUCAAAGCUCAUUUCAUCAAAACCCAUCUCAUGGAGCACCAUCACGUACUGUCGGACCAGCACAACGCUCUCUCGUCCAAGUGUUACAGUCUCCUGAUGAGAGCUAAACCCUACCCCUACAUCCUACCCUCCCAGAAAUCGUCGCCCCUCACCCCCACCACAUCACCCGGACUUAUUACAGAUGUUGCAGCCAUUGAGCACGACAACACUUCUAACGAAGACCGGCAGCACAGCCAACAAAGGUCGCCAGGGAAGGAGUCACCACCUCCCACUGGAGAGAACAACUACAGCUACAGUCCGGACCAGGAGCAGCAGGCCCAGAGCGGGAGUCAGGUGUCACCACCCCCUCCCUCCGGUACUCCCCUCCCUCAGCAACACCCACACCACCACACUAGUCCUAAUCAGGAAAUGCCGGAAUCCUCGCAGAACAUUCACCACGAUCAGAAUAUGCCGUCAGAGGGACGAGAAGGGAACAUUCAGAGAUCUCCGAGCGACCACCACCAACAGCCUCCCCCACAAGGGAACGGACCGGAGGCCCACAGUCCUGUGCAAGGAGAAGGAAAAGAGGGGAACCACUCCGGCCAGGAGUCUCAGCAGAUGUUACCCCCUCUACCUCCACCACAGGACACUCUACCUCAACAACCCCUCAUGCAGCCACCACCUACCCCCCAGCAGCACAUCAUUAAGGAAGAGGUUCUGGACGAUGGUGGAGGUUCGAGUGACGAAGGAGAACAACACCACCCCUCUCCGAUGGAGACAAACCAUGACAUCGCACCUCCAUCCACUUUUAAGGGCAAGAGCUGGCUGACUGAACCCAACCCUCACCCCUCCACACAGGGCUACCGAGUAGUGCCGAUGUACCGGAGUUUCAUCUAUAACCCACCCCCGACGGUGCAGGCUCACCACCCGGUACAACCUCCUCCCCCACCCGCCCCCAGGAUCGAGGAACAGAGACAACAGCUGGAGCAGCAGUUUAUUGAGAGUACCCCCCAGACCGGUAUCACAUUCUACGAGGGGCAGAGCUUUGCUAACUUCCAGCAGUUCAAGGUAUUAUGGGAUCGGUACCUGUCGGAUACCCAGACUAUGGUACAGAAACGGAGCAGUAAGACCGGUCAUGACGCUACAUACUUCCCUUAUAAGCACGUGCUAUACGUCUGUUUCUACUACGGCAAGGCGUCUUGGCGAGACAUGGAGGACUCCAAAGCGGCUAACAACAGAAAGUGUCGCUUUAAACUUCGCUUACAUUUCGACACCAAAGUGGGCCGUUAUCGGAUAACGAAGUAUAACGGUUCCCAUAGCAACCACCAGCUAGGAAAAGUUCAGCGGCAGAACUACUCCUCCCAGCGCCAGUCGUACGCCAGUCAACACGCCAGUACCAACAACCUGGUCUCAAACCCUGCUCAAAAUGUGCCGAAGCGAGGUGACGAGUUGCUGAAAGCGCACAGUAUCCUGCGAACACACCCCCUCUCCUCCCUCACCCCUCUACAGCACCAGUCACUAGGACAAGACAUCCUGUUCUGGCAGAGUGGCAGUAUGAGAGAGUUGGCUGAGUCAAAUCCCCGGCUCUUAUCCCUGUCCACUCUCUACCCUGUAGCUAAGGAGGAUUUCGUUCUUCAUCUGUUCUACGCGCACAAAGGCGAAGAAAAGUACUUGGUAGCGUGGACGUUUAUCAACUGUGCGGUUCAGCGGAGUGCCGAGAUAGCACUGACCAUCUUCGCACGGUUCAACCCCAUAACUCAGAAACAAGCUGAACUUGUCGUCAUGAACCACUCAAUAGAAUGGGUAGCCUCGGCUAUUAACAUAUUCUGCAAGGCAAUCUUCCACCUAUCCCUGGACAAUGUACACGAGCACCUGAGAAAACGGCUCCACAGCUCGUGUGAUUGGGAAAGAGUCGAGAAUGGGGCGGAAAAACACAAACUUUGUCUUCAGCUGCUCGAGCGAGUUGUGUACGCUAAAAACGAGACUGACUACGCAAUUAACCUGAAAGAACUGGAACUGGCAGGACCAGCUACUUUCAUGGAGUAUUUUUAUAAUAAUUGGAAUAAUAAGAAAGACUUUUGGGUGUAUUACAUUCAGCAACGGACGGCUGAGGCGCUGAAGAGCUCUCAUUUAGACAAACAGGAAUCAAAGAUUGAAAACUUUUUAACGAUCAACAGAAAGAGCUUGACGAGUUGUAUCAGUCUUCUCAUGUUAUUCGGUGAGGCUCCAGAGAGAUUAAACGCACAUUUGAGCCUAUUGGAGACGAGCCAAGAGCCUCUUGCAGUAAAACAGAUCCCCAUAACCCUACCUCCGUCCCAGCAAGAUAUAAAACCUAACAUAGUGCACCGUUCCCCUCCUGCAGCCUAUCCUAAAAGCACUACCCCCGGUGAACCUAACAACUUCCCGCCCGCAAGUCCAGCGUACGAUCCCCCUACUUAUCCUGCCGAGUUUUUCGCUAAAUCGGUAGAAAGACCCUCUCCUGCUGGCCAGCACAAGGACACCAAUGGAGGAAAUGAGAAUACUGAGAACAAGGGAAAAGAGGAGGGAGGAAAAGAGAGACUGUUCUCUGGGGAGAGUUAUGAAGAAGGUCCCAGUACUCCCACCCAAGAAGCCAACACAUCGAAUGCGGAAUACAGUCCCGAGUAUGGUAUAACCGAGGAGAAGGUGCAGUACGGACAGUGGAAAAACGGCGAUUUUAACAACAGUCCAAAUCAACAGCAAGACGAAACUCAGGAAAGCGAACAGCCACAGGAUUGUUCGGGUAGCGAGGAGGAAGCGUCCCCAGCUAGGGAGUUCCCCACAUCUCGAAACAGCACCAACUAUCCCGCCUUCAACCCAGCACUCUUCCCACCAGGUGCUGUCUCCUCACAGUUUCUCCCUCGCCACACCUUCGUUCCUCCCCCGGGAUCCUUCCCGCCUCCGUACCUACACACCUCACGAGAGUUCCCGCCGCUGGCACGCGCCAUGUUCCCGCCCGCCACCGUCCCCCGGGAAAUAUUCUCUCAACCUCCCAUCGUCCACUCGCCUGUUGAAAGGGAGGGCGGUAGCCCUUUCAGUCAGUCCCAAUGACAAACGACAGAGCACUAAUAAUACAGUACAGUUCCCUGCAAUGCUUCUCACGCCCCACUGCAAGUUUUAAGAAGAGACUGCUCAGAUAAUUGAUGUAUUGAUCGAAAGACGCUUGGUGACACAUUAGAACGCUCGGGCCCAGCAAUUUAUUUGACUUAACUUUCCCGUCUUUAGGGGCUGGUCACAUCAUGUGAUCUUUUAAUCUUUUAAUUCUUAUAUACAUCUUAACAAAUAUUUAUUUUUGCUAUAGUUGUAAAAUUUAGCAACAUAAAGAUGAUGCAUGGGCUACAACUUUUCUUUCCCCCCUUUAUUUUGUUAAUGUUAUAAGCACAUAUGAAACUGCUUGACUUGGGUAAAUGGUGUUAAAUAUGAUGUCAAAUUAUAAUGCUGAUAUACCACUCCGAAAGAUGGUGUUUAAACAGAAAUGAUGUAUUAUCGUCGCGUUUUGAAUUGUCAAUAUGAUAUUGAUGCUAUAUUUCGCCCUAUAUCCUGCCGAUUUAACAUUUGUUAUUAAUGCUAUAUCGCCGUAAUAACUAUUAAUGUCGGCAACUAUUUUUCCCCCACCGGGUGACAAUUUGAGAAAACUGCAUAUGAAUAUAUUGGAAUAAGAAUAGGUUGGGAGGUGAUCAUGUGUAUUAGCGUUUUAAGAACCGAUAUCAAGAGCCCAAGAUACGAAUAUGACACAUUAACCUAACAGUACGUGUAACAGAAAAUCAAGAAUAUUUGGUUGACUACAAUGAAGCAGCAUUAGAUCAAGUUAGAAAUGUGUCAUUGAUAUAGAUAUUCCCGCUGAGAUUUGAUAUAGACAAAAUCUGUCCUUUGCUGUUAUGCACAAUAACUGAGCCUACGAAAUUGUUAUGUCAAGAAUAUUAUUAUCGUUAAUCGUUUUCAAGAAGUAUUUUGACUACAUUUUAAAUAUGAAGCGUUCACAAGAAUUUGAACCGCGUAAACCAAAGAAGGGCAGAUUUUGUGCAUACUGGUUAACUUAAUUUGGACAGUUAAUUGCAAAUUGCAAGCCUUUGAAUAUAAUGAUCAGUAUCAUUUACCAGUUACCCGAUUUAAA